AUGAAGAAAACCAUUACUGCAGAGCAGCUAGCGGAGUGGUUUACUUUAGGAACACAGUUCGAAAACACGAGAAUCGCAGACAAACCAACGGAAGGACGUUUGGAGGAGCCCUCAACUGAACGGAGCAGGAGGAUGAAGAAGAUAUCAGUGUCCGGGGUCCUUACUACUGCUGACUUGAAGCCCAGCUUCAGCAUGAUGCAGCUGUCUCGCACUUCGCCAGCCAGAUGCUGCCUCCUUACUGCCCCAAACCUUGAGCAUCAACUGGCAGAGUUGCUUGUUCUCCUCAUUGCCCAUAAAGAGCUUAAAGUCCUGGGGUUUCCUGGUAGCCAUAUCCUGCCCUAUGAACUUUUCAAAGAAGCCGUGCCUAAACCUCUCCUGCGCCUUGAUGGAGUCAGGCUGAUAGGAAUCAGUGGAGAAGAUGAAGUGCUUCUUGGCUACCAUCUGGUCGAAUACCCGCAGUUAGAUUGCUCCAAAUGUAUGCGGCAGGUUUGUGAGGGCAUGAAAGAGGGUGUUCCCAUCUUGGAUGAAGAUGACAUCCUUGGGCCACAACCCUCUGAGGAUGUGAGCUUGGCCAUCUUGUUGCAGGCCUCCAUCGUCAGCAGCUUCUGCUUCUUGAUGGGGUCGAAGAAGCUCGUCUCACACCCACUCCGAAGAUGGUGCCAGCUUCAAGGCCUCCUGGACACAGCUGUCAACUGUUGCAGCCUCAGGUCUUCUCUCAUUACCCUUUUCAUCUCCUUGAUCAGGGGUGGCUCCUCAUCCUUUUCCACCAGAACAUCAUGGGUGGUGUGGUCCAGGACAGGCUUGACGGCUGACAGUAUACCAUGUUCCUCUUUCUCCAGUCAGUGUCGCACAGACUGGCUGCUGUUGGCUGAGGAAACGCUCCAGCAUCUUGUGUGUAGAUCCCCAUCGGGUCACCACAUCAUGGAUGAGAGCCUUCUUUGGCAUGUUGAGGGCAGCUUGCUUUUCUCGCAGUUCUUUCCUUCCAGCUCCGUGAGAAGCCUUGGACCAGAUGAUGAGCGCUGCAUGGCACGGUCUACGUAUCCAGAGAUGGUGGGGAUCUCUUCCCGCGGCGGCUCUCCACAGUUGGGUACGGAAGUCUCGCAGUACCUGCUUGAAGACGUAUACCAGUUCCCAGGGCAGUAUGCUGUUUGUUGCGAGCACCUCACGGAACCUGAGGGAGGAAUUGCCAGAUGUGCUCCAUUUCUUCCCCCAUUAGCCAGCUAUGAGUACCCCAACUUGCCCAUAACCAAAAAAAGAGAGAAGCUGAUUUCUCUUAUCGAGAGUAACUCGGUAGUGAUCGUUCGUGGAGCCACAGGCAGUGGCAAGACAACCCAGCUGCCGCAAUUCAUCCUGGAUCACUACAGCCAGAAAAAUUCCUCAUGCAACAUUGUUGUCACUCAGCCACGCAAAAUUGGAGCCAUCAGCAUUGCUCGUUGGAUUGCCAAGGAGCGCAAGUGCACUCUGGGUAGUUUGGUGGGAUAUCAGGUCGGGUUGGAGAAGAUGGCCACAGAACACACCCGCCUAAUCUACAUGACUACAGGGGUGUUGCUUCAGAAACUGGUUGGAGUCAGGACCCUCACUGAGUUCACCCACAUCUUUGUAGAUGAGAUCCAUGAGCGGACUGAGGAGAUGGACUUGUUGCUGCUGGUUCUGAAAAAGCUUCUCCGUACCAACUCACGCUACGUCAAGAUUAUCCUUAUGUCAGCCACCAUAAACUGCAGAGAGUUUGCUGAGUACUUUGGCACUCUGAUUCGUGGCCAGAUGAACCCAGCUUAUGUGUUUGAAAUGGAGGGGUCACCCUACGCCAUUGAGCAGUUUUACCUUGAUGACCUAAUCAACAAAAUGCCGUAUGAGCUUUCAAAGGACCCUUGCAUCUCAGAGGAUUUAUACAAUGUUGCCAUCAGCCUCAUACAGAGCUUCGAUGAGAUGGAGGCCAAAGACCACAACAGCAAGGCAGAGAAAGAUGGCAGCCUGACUUUACCAAACAGAGGUAGCGUGCUGGUUUUCCUUCCUGGUAUGUACGAGAUAUGCCAUAUGCAAGAGGCCUUGGCUAAGCUGGCUCGCAAAAGAUUGCAAGUCUUUUGUCUUCACUCAACCGUGACUCUGGAAGAGCAGAAUGGUGUGUUUCUGGCUGCUUUCCCUGGUUACAGGAAGAUCAUCCUCUCCACCAACAUUGCUGAGAGCUCUGUUACUGUUCCUGAUGUCAAUUAUGUGAUUGACUUUUGCCUGGCUCGUCGCUUGGUCUAUGACCAAGAGACAAAUUACCAGUUCCUCUGCCUCACAUGGGCAUCCAAGAACAACUGCAAUCAACGAAAAGGUAGGGUAGGACGUAUGUCAAAGGGCUACUGUUACCGGUUAGUUACCAAGCUGUUCUGGAGGAAUGACAUCCCAGAAUACAUGAUUCCGGAUAUGCUGCUCACCCCCCUGACCAGCAUCAUGCUGAAGGUGAAGAUGCUGGAUAUGGGAGAACCCCGUGCCAUCCUCUCCACUGCCCUCUCACCUCCCGACCUCUGCAAGAUAAGGAAGACGUUGCUUCAACUCAAAGAGAUAGGUGCACUCUCUUUGAAGAGUGUCAGUGGUAACAAUGAGGAUGGAGAAUUGACAUUCCUUGGCCGGAUACUAACUUGCCUUCCUGUGGACCCGCACCUGGGGAAGUUGGUUGUGCUGAGCCACAUCUUUGGCUGUCUUGAGGACGGCCUUAUCAUAGCUGCAUCGCUCUCUCUCAGGAGUUUCUUCACCAUACCAUCCCUACAACCGCUAGCUGGCUACCGGAGCAAACUGGCCUUUGCCCGUGGCACCCAAAGUGACACUAUAGCCUUUGUGAAUGCCUUCAAGGAGUGGUCCUCAUGCAAAAGAAAUGGGCAGCUGAGGCACCGAAAGGAUGAGAUGGACUGGGGAAAACAGAACUUCAUUCACGUCAAGAGGAUCAGAGAGGUAACAGAGCUAUAUGAAGAACUGAAGGCGCGCGUGUCCCAGUUUAACAUGCAUGUGACCGAGAGCCCUCAGACCAUGGAUUACACCAGCCUCCAUACACAGAGAUUCAUUCUGCAGGUGGUCAUUGCUGGUGCUUUCUACCCCAAAUACUUUACCCAGGCAGAAUUAGAUGCAGAGUUGGCCUCCAAAGAGAUGCAUGGCAAUGACCCAAGAACAACAGUGAUGGUGAAGAAUCUCCCUCCGUACAGUUUCCUGUACCACAAGCAGCUGUACUCUUUGUUCCGCCAAUGUGGCCAGGUCAAAGCCAUAUCUUUUGAUGGUUCAAGAGCCUAUGUUGAGUUCUUCGGGACAUCCAAGGGUGCUGGGGUGCUGCCUGAAGUAUCCAUGGCCCUCUGUAUGAACUUGCAGUCUGUGCCUUUGGCUCUUGCCGUCUACUCCAGUGAUGAAUUGGAACUCUGUUCCAAGGGCAGAAACAUAUCUCACAUGAAAUACAAACGGGUGAAUGUGGACUUCCAGAACUACUCUGUCUGCCCAGUGGGAAUGCUGAGCAGAACCAUUGACCCAGACAAGCUACCUCCCAGCCCUUUGUUUGUCAUCAAAAUAACAGAGGUAGUGGACGUUGGUCACUUCUGGGCCUUCCAGGCAGAUGAGGCCAGCAUGGAGAAGCAGCGCCAUCUCACAGCCAAAAUUAACAUGCAUGAGCUGCUAACUCUUGGUGUGCUCCUCUCCCCCAACCUGCUGUGCCUGGCUCCCUAUUCGGAGAGUAAUGAGCAGUCCCUCUACUACCGUGCCAAGAUCUUGCACAUACAUCAAAACACAGUAGAGGUGUUCUUUGUGGACCUAGGCAUUACCAAACUAGUUAUCUGCAGCAGCCUGAGGAGGGUUCCUUCUGACCUCCUGUCACACCCAUUCCAGGCGCAUGAGUUCCAUAUUGCAGGUAUGCAGCCCUCAGCCCAAUCCAUGAUCUUUGGGAACCAGUGGAGCAGCGGUGCUCGUGAUUGUUUCAUCACACUGGUGAGGGGCCAAUCACUUAAUGUGGUGCUGUACUCCAUUCUGCAUGGCAUCAUGUGUGUGGAGCUGCUUAUCAACAGGGACAAGACCAGUGUAAGUGUGGCCGACAUCAUGGUGAAGGAGGGACAUGCAGUCAAGGCUGAAGAGAGCCAUGACUCCAAGAAAAACCAUGAGGCAUUGAUGUCCCUAUACAAGGACUUGGAGAAUGGCACGUAUGUCCCAAAUGUCACAGGCAGCUCCUGCAUGGAUCGUGAGCAGGAAGAGAAAGAGGUCAUCGAUAUAAUGCUUGGCUACUUCUCAAAGCAUUCCCAGUUGAACCUCAAGACUAAGGUACGUGUGUAUGGACCAACCAGCUCUUAUAAAACGUUCUUCUACAGCUUAAACAGUGUCGCUCAUUAUAAGUCAGUCUAUAUACCGAAGGAAAGCAUCAACUCUGUGGUCCUGAAUGAGAACCCACAGAACACACACAAAAGGAUGCUGGUGGCUGGAACUAUGGAAGUCAACGCCACAGGUACACACUUUCUACUGAAGAACACCAACCUAGUUCCUGACAUUCCUGGACUGCCUGCACUCAUCACCAUGCUUUUCACCCCUGUGAUGGAGCAACGCACCAAUGCGGAAAGAACCUACUACACUGGUGCCCUCUGUGGCUUGGGGUGGAACAGUCACACCCAGGAGGCCAUCCUACCCGAACACGACAUAGAGCUAGCCUUCGAUGUUAAGAUUGAUGUAGAAGAUAUCACAGAUAUUAAUGCCUUGCGAAUGGCAAUCAACUCUCUGAUGUGUGAGGGACCCAACAGCCCACUGUAUUUGGGGCCUGACAGAAUUAAAUCCCUGCAGGAGGACUGUCAAAAACGCCUAAUCAGACUCUGUGCCAAGUCACCACCCAGAGAAAGCAUCACUCCGGUUUACUUUGAGGAACCAGGGAAGUGGAAUCAGGUGGAUCCUGACUUGAAGAUGGAAGUUGUUCAGCCAGCAGGUGGAAAAUACAGAGAUGUACUCUUCCAGCUGCAUCCUGUCACUCUACUGAACAAUUAAGAUAUCCUAUAUUAUGUUGAAAUGAAACUGAUAACUCUAAAGAUUAUGCUGGCAGUUAGCUUCUUUUUUUUUUUUUUACUGUACUAGUUGAGUUUAAGAGAGGUGUUUUGAUGCGUUUAUUUCGGUGGACCAAAACUUCUGUCGCUGAUUUUCAGUGGUUUGGAUUUUUUUUUCUUUUAUCCAUUUUCACUGUUUUUGUUUACCCUGUAUAAAUAAUGGACUUGGUAUCAAAGAAUGUUAAAAUGUGUUAAGUAGCUGGCAUCUACUCUGCCACUCGGUCCAUCCUGCUGUAGAUCUUGUCGUUGUACUUCUU